AUGACUGUUCUUCUCCUGGAAGCUUUCUAUGGCGGUUCCCACAAGCAGCUGGUGGAUCUUCUGAAGGAGGAGAUGGACGACUGCGUCCUCUGCACCCUCCCUGCCAAGAAGUGGCCGUGGAAAGCCCGGACUGCUGCCAUCUCUUUCAUGCAAACGGUACCACCUAACCCUAACUACAGGCUCCUCUUCGCCAGCUCCGUGCUCAACCUGGCCGAACUCGUGGCCCUGCGGCCCGACCUGGGCAAGCUGAGGAAGAUCCUCUACUUCCACGAGAACCAGCUGGUGUAUCCCGUGCGGAAAUGCCAGGAGAGGGAUUUUCAGUAUGGAUACAACCAGAUCCUGUCCUGUUUGGUUGCCGAUGUCGUUGUGUUCAACUCUGCUUUUAAUAUGGAAUCAUUUCUUACAUCUAUUGGAAAAUUUAUGAAGCUGAUUCCUGACCACAGACCUAAGGAUUUGGAAAAAAUAAUCAGACCCAAGUGCCAAGUUCUUUAUUUUCCAGUCCAAUUUCCUGAUGUGAGCAGGUUCAUGCCAGAACACAAACGUGCCCAUUUGGAGAAGAUAACGGGCAUUAAAAGCCCGGGUGGUGCUGGUGGACACGAGGGGUUGAUGCAACCCAUGAGCGCCCACCUCGACCGUGGGCUCUGCGAGGGGCACCCGGCCACCCCACCGGAGACGCCUCCUUCCCCAUCGGCGACGCCGGAGAAGCCCGGAGCGUCGGGAAGCACAAAUCCCUGUCAGGAAGGAGAUAAGCAGCAUCUGACUUUUAACCCCCGGGACGUCUCGAGGGGAGCGGACGAUGCGCAGAGCCCCUUGCACGUCGUCUGGCCCCACAGGUGGUAA